AUGAGGUUAUCUGCGCUCAAACUUUGUUCAAAAGUUAUUCAUCCAACUGCCAAAACAAGCAGAAGAAAUUUGUUGCGAAUAUGUGGUACCAUUGUGAUCGUUGAAAUAAUGCUUGCUGUGUACAUUGAAGAAUUUGCUAUGCCAACUCCAGAUAUAGUGUAUGAUUUUCACAUGAAAUUUUCUCGAGAAUUUGCUGACUUUGCUACGGGCAACAAAUAUGGCGCUGGAGCUUUUCGUCAUGUUGGUGACAAGCAAGGAAGCAAAAUUAAUUAA